AUGCUAUAUUUAGAAUAUAAGGAAGGCUCUGGAGGAGGUCAGCAAUCUCUCACUCGGUGUUCCCUGGAGGUGCAGCUGAAGUCCGCGGAGGAGGAGCUGCCCGGGCAGUUCGAGACGGUUCUGGCCGAGUCAGGCUCCACCUUCAGCGUGGGCCAGAGGCAGCUGGUGUGUCUGGCCAGAGCCAUCCUGAGGAAGAACCGCAUCCUGGUCAUCCACGAGGCCACGGCCAACGUGGACCCCAGCUCGGAGUCCAGUGUUCUCCCACCUGUCGUCGUCUCUUCAGGGCCUGUGGACCAUCCGAGCCUUUGGAGCAGAGGAGAGGUUCCAGAAAGCCUUCAAUGCCCAGCAGGACCUGCACUCAGAGGCCUGGUUCCUGUUGCUGACCACCUCUCGCUGGUUCGCUGUCCGUCUCCACGGCAUCUGCUCCAUCUUUGUUACCGUCACCACCUUUGGCUGCCUGCUGCUCAGAGACCGUGCAGCUGAAGUCCGCGGAGGAGGAGCUGCCCGGGCAGUUGGAGACGGUUCUGGCCGAGUCAGGCUCCACCUUCAGCGUGGGCCAGAGGCAGCUGGUGUGUCUGGCCAGAGCCAUCCUGAGGAAGAACCGCAUCCUGGUCAUCCACGAGGCCACGGCCAACGUGGACCCCAGGACAGAUGAGCUGAUCCCUCAUCGUCUCAACACCAUCAUAGACAGCGACAGGAUACCGGUGAGUCCUCUUACUCAUAGAUUCUAGAAAAGACUACUUGUUUAUCAUCAUAAAGGUCAUAGUAU